UUAGAUUGACAGUUAUGACCUUAAUAAACCCUACUGUCCAUUCAAGUACGAAGAUACAUGAACUGGAUGAUAACUGCCACUGCCACUGCCACUGCCACCGAAUUGGUUGAGUGAGUUAACUCGUGCGACAUGGCCGAGUCUGCUGCCGAUCUCAUUGAACACAUGAACCUUGUAAUCGACCAACCACCAUCACAACCUUUGAACCCUAACGGAACUCAUCGAACACCGGAGGAGCUUGUGGCCAAAGCCAUAGCUCCAGUAAAGAGAGAGUUCCUUCGUCCUCCGCCUUCCAGAACCAACCAAAGGGACACUGCCGUUUCCGAUGCCGAUGCCAAGGCCUCUAAGUCAAGUGUAGUAGCCAAGGAGAAGAAGUCCAAACGCCAACUCAAACGCGAACGCCGUCAGAAAUCUGCAUUGCAUCUGUGCCCUGAGGUAGCGAAGAGUGAGGACGUUAGUUCGUGUGCUUAUGGUGAUAAGUGCAGAUUCAGCCAUGACAUAGAAGCCUUUAAGGCUGAGAAACCGGCUGAUUUAGAGGGGAAAUGUCCGUUUACUAAUGGAGAUGGGCCGUGUCCUUAUGGCUUGGCAUGUAGAUUCUAUGGGACACAUGAAGAUGGUGCUAAGGGCAAUAGUUCGAAUGCGCUGAAGAAGAACUCUGAAAUUAAUGUAUUGAACAAGGAUGUUCAAAAGCUUUUGUGGAAGAAUAAGAUGAAGUUCCCCAAAGCAGAUGCUAAACUCAAGUCUCUUGGUCUUAUGGGACCUGGCAAUUCAAGAGUAAAAAAGCAGGAUGAUGGGGAAGUUGAUCAGAACUCUGUGAAUGACUCUCAUGCUACUGUAGCCAGUGACUCUGCUGAUAAAUUGGAGUGCUCUUUGGAAGUGCGAACCGGGGAGAAUGCUGAUGGAAUAAUAACAACUAAUGAAAUUAGGCCUCUGAAAAGAGUGAAGUCAAUUAUUGAAGAAAAGUGUUGCUCUGGUGAAGAAGCUAAUGGAUUAAGUGUUCCAGAGAAAGAUCUUGAAAAUAGUUGUCCAGAAACAGAAUUAGAAGUUAUGAUUGAUGAUGCACUCACAGAAACAGAUGGAAGUUUGAAAAUACACCUGCGUGAAAAGAAGUUGAUUGACUUCAGAGGAAAGUUGUAUCUCGCACCUUUGACCACUGUUGGAAAUCUUCCUUUUCGAAGGGUUUGCAAAGUAUUGGGAGCUGAUGUAACUUGCGGUGAAAUGGCAAUGUGUACAAAUCUUUUACAGGGUCAAGCUUCUGAAUGGGCUCUGCUGAGGCGCCAUUCCUCUGAGGAUUUGUUUGGUGUCCAAAUAUGUGGGGCAUAUCCAGAUACUGUAGCACGCACUGUGGAGCUUAUAGAUCAGGAAUGUAAUGUGGACUUCAUAGAUAUAAAUAUGGGCUGCCCAAUUGAUAUUGUUGUUGACAAGGGUGCUGGGUCAUGUCUUCUUACAAAACCAAUGCGAAUGAAAAGGGUUAUAAAUGCAGCUUCUGGCACAGUUGAGAAGCCUAUAACUGUGAAGGUGCGAACAGGUUACUUUGAAGGAAAAAAUCGUAUUGACUCACUAAUUGAGGAUAUUGGUAAUUGGGGGGCCAGUGCUGUAACAAUACAUGGUAGAUCACGCCAGCAACGCUACAGCAAGCUUGCUGAUUGGGACUACAUAUACCAUUGUACUAGAAAGGCCCCGGAAUCUCUUCAAGUACUAGGAAAUGGGGAUAUCUUUUCAUAUACAGGCUGGAACAAGCACAAAUCUGACUGCCCUGAGCUCUCUUCAUGCAUGAUAGCUAGAGGAGCACUAAUUAAACCUUGGAUAUUUACUGAAAUCAAGGAACAGAGGCAUUGGGACAUUAGGUCUGGAGAGAGAUUGGAUAUUUUGAAGGAUUAUGUGCAUUUUGGCCUUGAACAUUGGGGUUCUGAUACAAAAGGGGUGGAGACAACUAGGCAUUUCUUAUUGGAAUGGCUUAGCUACACAUGUAGGUAUAUACCUGUUGGUCUUUUGGAUGUCAUUCCACAACAGAUUAACUGGCGCCCACCCUCCUACUAUGGUCGUGAUGACCUUGAAACUCUUAUGGCUUCUGAUUCUGCUGCUGACUGGAUUCGAAUAUCUGAAAUGUUGCUCGGCAAAGUUCCAGAUGGAUUUACAUUUGCACCAAAGCAUAAGUCCAAUGCAUAUGACCGAGCAGAAAAUGGCUAAUUAUCACUUCCUGAUUUUCAUGGAGGAAUCCAUACCUUUUAUGUGCACUUGGUCUCUGAGGCUGAUACUGAAGGUGAUUCUGGAACCAGGUAAUUGCCAAUUGUGUUUUAUGAUGAGUGAGUACACAUUGGUGUUUGAUUGGUGGUUCUGUUAUUAUUUAUGAGGUACCAAAUUGGUUACCUACCUAUAAAUUUUAAUUGUUGUCCUUUUAUCAUUCAAAAACUUUGUAUUCUAUAAAUUAAAAGCAUACAAUUUCAUUGAAAGUCAAAAUGUGAUUAAGAAUUUGGUUUAGUGUUA